AACGAAAGCCUUAUGAAGGAGGCCUUACGCUUGUGUUGGGCCCGCGAGCCAAACCCCCUCGCCUCGCUACGGUCUGGUCGCUCACCUCUUUGGCGCCCGGAAGGGGAAGGAGGCAAUCGACCGACGCAGGGAGAGCGCGACAGUGCGAGCGCUCCAGAUCUCAUCCUGUCGUCUCCUUUUCCCGAGAUUUGGGGAGGAAGAAGAGGAGGUGCUUCACCAUGAAGGCGCUCAUUCUUGUUGGGGGUUUUGGAACCCGCCUUCGCCCUUUGACUCUCAGCUUCCCCAAGCCCCUUGUUGAUUUUGCAAACAAGCCCAUGAUUCUGCAUCAGAUCGAAGCACUGAAAGAAGUUGGGGUGACAGAGGUUGUUUUAGCCAUCAACUACCGCCCAGAGGUGAUGAUUAAUUUCUUGAAGGACUUUGAGGAUAAGCUUGGCAUCACAAUCACAUGCUCCCAAGAGACUGAGCCCUUAGGAACUGCUGGCCCUCUUGCUCUUGCAAGGGACAAGCUUGCGGAUGGAUCUGGUGAGCCGUUCUUUGUCCUCAACAGUGAUGUCAUUAGUGAGUACCCAUUUGCUGAGCUCAUAGAGUUUCACAAGAGCCAUGGCGGUGAGGCAACAAUUAUGGUCACUAAGGUGGAUGAGCCAUCAAAAUAUGGUGUUGUGGUUAUGGAGGAGGCAACUGGAAGGGUGGAAAGAUUUGUGGAGAAGCCAAAAAGAUUUGUGGGCAACAAGAUCAAUGCUGGGAUUUACUUGCUGAACCUAUCGGUCCUUGACCGCAUUGAACUGAGGCCAACUUCAAUUGAGAAAGAGAUCUUCCCUCAAAUUGCAGCUGAUCAACAGCUCUUUGCGAUGGUCCUUCCAGGUUUUUGGAUGGAUGUUGGUCAGCCAAGGGACUACAUUACUGGCUUGCGUCUUUAUCUAGAUUCACUUAGGAAGAAAUCAGCUGCCCGGCUAGCUACUGGAGCACAUGUUGUUGGCAACGUGCUGGUGCAUGAGAGUGCCAAAAUUGGAGAGAGUUGUCUGAUUGGUCCUGAUGUUGCUAUUGGACCUGGAUGUGUCGUGGAGGAUGGCGUGAGGCUUUCCCGAUGCACUGUUAUGCGUGAUGUGCGUAUUAAGAAGCAUGCUUGCAUCUCAAACAGCAUUAUUGGGUGGCACUCAACUGUUGGACAAUGGGCACGGAUAGAGAAUAUGACCAUCCUGGGGGAGGAUGUUCAUGUAUGUGAUGAGGUAUACAGCAACGGUGGCGUUGUUCUCCCACACAAAGAGAUCAAGUCAAGUAUCCUGAAGCCUGAGAUUGUUAUGUGAGCUUAACUGUUUUAGCUAUGGUACAUUCUUAGGUUCUUUUAUGAAGGGAGAAUUGCAAACCCCCCCCCCCCCCCCAUGAAUGGUCUUGGUCCUAGUGCAAACAGCUUGAUACAUGUUCAUCUGUUAAAUUAUUGACAAUGUACGCUUAUUGUUCACUUCCACUCUUGUUCUCCAGUGAGCUUUUUGGUUUCUUGGUCCGCAGAAGUUUAAUAACAUAGCAAAAAUAAGUGAAAAGAUUGUGUUCCAAGGUAUCUUUGAGUAUGCUUGAUAUGAAUAUCCAGAUUCUGUUGAAAUACAAUGUUCUUCAGCCUUGCACCAAGAGGAACCGAAGAUAUUGAAGUAUCAAUGAAGAAGCUGUAUGGAUGGGAAAUCUGUUUUUGUUGCUUAAAUGCUCUUCAGUAGAAAUGUAUACGUAAGCCCAGAUGUGUGAUGUAACCGAAUAUUGCCUCUAUAUAAUUUUAUACCAAUGUCUGGCUGCUA